UUACUCCUCACCAGAUGGAUCAACAAGUGCAUUUUCCGGUAGUCAAAUUUACGACAGUAUCGAAGAUGAUCAACAAAUGCUCAUUGAUAUCGAACAAAAUAUUGCAAAUUUAGAAAAAAGUUUAAUUCAGGGACGUCGUGGUAGUUGGAGUGAUGCAAUAGCAAUGGCAAAUACAAUACGAAAUAAAACUGAGACAAAACAACAACAACAUCAGUCUAGAAGUUCAUCAACAGAUCGAAAACGAAGCUCUACAUUACGAAGCGUAAGAAGUUUAAUACGAUUAGGUAAACAACGACCACCUCGUGAUAGUAGCACAGAAGAUGAGACACGUUCAUUAAUACGUGAUGGAAAUGGUGAAAGUGGUGGUGUAGGUGGUUACAAUCGUUGUCCAACCGAUGUCUCAUCUGGUCCAAUAUCUAGAGCUGGUAGUCAAACAUCACUAUCAUCGGAUAACGAGAGUCAAAUAUCAAUAUCAUUGAUCGACAAAGCAAAGAAAACAUCAAAAUUACGGCAAGAAGUAAAUAAAAUGCAGGCUGCAUUGAAAUCACAAGAUUUCCAAAUAUGUAUUACAAUAAUUGAGGCUCGACAACUAGCUGGAUUAAAUAUGGAUCCAGUUGUUUGCAUUCAAGUUGGAGAUCAGAAAAGAUAUACCAGUGUAAAGGAAAGCACAAAUUGCCCUUAUUAUAACGAGUAUUUUGUAUUCGAUUUCCACAUGCCACCAUUAAUGCUUUUUGAUAAGAUCAUCACUUUAUCGGUCAUGCAGUCGCGGACCUUUCUCAGAGCAAACAAAUUACUUGGAAGUUUUAAAUUAGAUGUGGCUACUGUUUGGUCGCAACCAGAUCAUCAGUUCUACCAUAAGUGGGCAUUAUUAACUGAUCCAGAUGACAUUGCUGGUGGACCAAAAGGAUACUUAAAAUGUGAUAUAAGUGUGAUUGGUAAAGGAGAUUCGGUUAAAGUACCGCCGAAAAGUGAAAAAGACGAAGACGAUAUUGAAGGGAAUCUUUUAUUACCCGAUGGUGUUCCAAUCGAAAGACAAAGAGCACGGUUCUUAAUACGUAUAUAUCGUGCAGAUGGUCUUCCAAAAAUGAAUUCUUCAUUAAUGGCAAAUGUAAAAAAAGCAAUAACUGGUGAAGUUAAAGAUCUUGUUGACCCAUAUGUACAAGUCUCAUUUGCUGGAUUAAUGGGAAAAACAUCAGUUAAGAAAAAUUCGUAUGCUCCUGUUUGGAAUGAACAACUUGUUUUUACGGAAAUGUUUCCACCAUUAUGUCAACGAAUUAAAAUUCAAUUACGUGAUCAUGAUGCUGUAAAACCAACAGUUAUUGGAACUCAUUUUAUUGAUUUGAAAACAAUCUCAAAUGACGGAGAGAAGGGUUUUCUACCAACAUUUGGUCCUUCAUUUAUUCACUUAUACGGCUCAACACGUGAUUAUAGUUUAAUUGAUGAACAUUCAAAUUUAAAUACGGGUCUUGGUGAAGGUGUUUCGUAUCGUGCUCGUUUAUUAAUAGCCAUACGCACAGAAAUCACCGACGUCAUUGAUUUCACACCGUCAGAAGUUGAAUUAGAACCAGCAAUGCCUAUUUCCGAAACAUCAUAUGGUAAAAGUGAAGAAUUUUUCUUAUUUGCAACAGUAUUAGAUGCCUCGAUGAUUGAAAAGAAAAUGGCUGAUAAACCAAUUGUGUUUGAAAUAAGUAUUGGAAAUGCUGGAAAUGCUCUUGAUGGACACAACGAAUCGUCAAGCUCACAUUAUGAUUCGGAAAAUGAUGAAUUAGAAAUGGUAACUGCAGACAGUGGAUCAUGGCAAAGUACAACUCCAGCAACAAAACCAAUGACACAUGACAAAAUGCAUUAUUACUUACCAUAUUGGGAUAAUAAACCAUGUAUGCAUAUCCGAUCUGUUUGGCCCGAUUAUAGACGGAGAAUGUAUAAUUCAAAUAUAAUAUCAAAAAUUAUUGAUAAAUUGGAUGAAGGAUUAAUGGAAGUUAGUGCUUUAAUAGAAGCGGAAGAUACAAAUGCCGAAGCAAAAUUAAAAUCAAUACUCGAAGAGCUAUCGUUAUCAUGUGGAAAAUAUGUAUCUAUAUCAAAGGCAAAUGCAAAUGCACCAGGUUCCGGUAAAACAAAACUGGAUAAAGAAAGAUUGAAAUUAUGUAUACGAGAAAUAGAAAGUAUGGCAACGAUGUCACGGACAUUAAAAGCAUUAGUGACGAAAAAUUCAUUAAAAGAACGUUAUAAAACUGCUCAAAGUUAUCAAAAAAAGCUCAAAUUUUUAGUUGAAGAUCCUCAAGAGUCGUUACCAGAUAUAUUUUUAUGGGUUAUAAGUGGUGGGAAACGUGUCGCAUAUCAACGAAUUCCUUCUCGAAACAUAAUUUACUCUAUAAUUGAUGAAGAAUGUGGUCGAGAAUGUGCGAAAGUCCAAACACUAUUUCUAAAGUUACCGGGGAAAAAGGGAAUCGGACCUAGCGGUUGGACAAUUCAAUCAAAACUACAGAUUUAUAUGUGGCUAGGCAUGUUGAAGCAUAAGAAAAACUUUUAUGUAGGAUUACCAAAAGGAUAUGAAAUGUCUCAUGAGAUUAGAAAUGCGGAAAGACCAAGAGCUUUACCACCAUCUACAAUACAUUACGUUGAAAAACAUAUAUUCCAAUUAAGAGCACAUAUAUAUCAAGCACGUUCAUUAAUUGGAUCGGACGCUUCAGGCCUUUCUGAUCCAUUUGCGAGAGUUAUUGCUGGUGAAUUUAGUAAAACAACUCAAGUGAUAGACGAAACUCUUAGUCCUACAUGGGAUGAGCUUUUGGUAUUUGAAGAAAUCCUUAUAUAUGGAACAAAAGAUGACAUUGAAGCUGAUCCACCAUCCAUUAUAAUAGAAAUAUUUGAUCAAGAUAAAGUUGGCAAAUCGGAAUUUAUCGGAAGAGCUUUAGCAAAACCACAUGUAAAAUUAUUUGAUGAUCCAUAUACAAAGCCACGUUUUCCACCAUCAUUAGAAUGGUAUGAAAUUACGAGGGGCACCGAUAGAGCUGGUGAAUUGUUGGCGGCAUUCGAAAUGCUAGAACUAUCUCGUGAUAAUGAUUCAAAAUCACUACCAAAUUUACCCGAAGCAAAAAUGGUAAAAUUAAGUUCACAAAACGAAUCGGAUAUUGGUCCUAUUUUACCAAUACCAAGAGGAAUACGACCCACCUUAGCUAAAUAUCGGAUAGAGGUAUUAUUUUGGGGUUUACGUGAUUUAAAACGGAUACAUUUAUUAACAGUAGAUAAGCCAAGAGUGGAUAUCGAGUGCGCAGGACAUAUAUUAUACUCAUCAAUCAUACAAAAUGCGAAAAAGAAUCCCAAUUUUAAUACACCAAUAAAAUUUCUUGAAUUGGAAUUACCAGAACAAGAAUUGUAUAGGCCUCCACUGACCAUACGUGCUGUUGAUUGUAGAAGUUUUGGGCGUUUUACCUUAGUUGGAACUCAUAUGAUUAAUUCUAUACACAAAUAUAUGUACACACCAUUAACGAAACGGGAACGUGAAGCUGAGGAACGAAAACGUUCAGUACAACAAGUACAAUUAUCAGACCAAAAUAGUAGUCAAUAUUCUUCAAACAGUUUAAUAAUAUUAGAUAGCGAUCGUGAAAAAAGUCCUCUUUUACCAAAAGACACCAAUUUGGCUCUUAGUUAUGGUGGAACAAGCAGCAAUGUAAAUAAAAAAGAAGCGAAAACUGAAUCAAAUAAACGUCGUAAAGAAAGUAUAGACACGCAGAUUGAGAAUGAUGAAGAGAGCAAAGAUUGGUGGACCAAAUAUUUUGCAUCCGUGGAAGCAAUGAUUGAAGAAAAUAAGGAACAAAGUAAAAAAACUUUAAAUAAACGUUUAGGUAUUCGAAGUACUAAUAGCGCAUCAAAAAUAGCCAAACUUAGUCCUAAAAGUAUGAAACUUCAGAAUGAAAAGAAAGUUGCAUUAUGUAAAAUAUAUCCAAAUGAAUUAGAAGCACAACCCGAGUUUAAUUACUUCAAAGAAUGGCUUCAUACGUUUGAACUUUAUCGUGGUAAGAAAACAGGCGAUGAUUCUGAGGACGCCAGUCGCAUUGUUGGAGCUUUUAAGGGGGCUAUAAAGGUCUAUCGCUGGCCACUAGCAAAGGAUGUAGAAGAUCAUACAAUAAUGGGCUUUGAUCCACAAUAUGGUUUCUUCCAAGGAAUUCCAUCAAACGAUCCGAUUCACGUCUUAGUUCGAGUGUACAUAGUUAAAGCUAAUGAUCUUCAUCCAAUGGAUUUAAAUGGAAAAGCUGAUCCAUACGUAGUUCUUCAAUUAGGUUCCAAACGAAUUAGUGAUAAAGAACAUUACAUAUCAAAACAAUUAAAUCCAAUAUUUGGAAAAUGCUUUGAAAUAGAAGCUACAUUUCCACAGGACUCUAUGUUAACAGUACAAAUCUUAGAUUGGGAUUUAGUGGGAUCGGAUGAUAUGAUUGGUGAAACUAGAAUUGAUUUAGAAAAUCGUUUUUAUAGUCGUCAUCGAGCAACGUGUGGAUUUGGUACCAAAUACGAAGUAGGAGGUUACAAUCAAUGGAGAGAUCCAAUGAAACCAACCCAAAUAUUAGCAAAAUUGUGUAAAGAAGGUAAAAUCGAUCCACCAAUAUACAUGUGCAAUCAAGUUAAAAUUGGCAAACAUCAAUUUCCCAUUCAAAUGGAUGAAUUAGAUUUAACACUGAAUACAAAAGCCUUAGAAGAACAUAUGGCACUAUAUAUUCUAAAAAAAUGGCAUGAAUUUCCACGAAUUGGUUGUCAUUUAGUACCUGAACAUGUAGAAACCAGAGCAUUAUAUAAUCCAGAAAAACCAGGCAUCGAACAAGGAAAAUUAGAAAUGUGGGUAGAUAUGUUUCCAAUGGAUAUGCCAUUACCGGGUCCACCAAUUGAUAUAUCGCCGCGAAAACCAAAAUCUUAUGAAUUAAGAAUUAUUAUUUGGAAUACAGAUGAUGUUAUUUUAGAAGAUGAUGCAUUCUUUACGGGUGAAAAAAUGUCUGAUAUUUACGUUAAGGGGUGGUUAAAGGGACCACAAGAUUGCCAAUGCACAGACAUUCACUAUAGAUCAUUAACUGGAGAGGGUAAUUUUAAUUGGAGAUUUGUUUUUCCAUUUGAUUACAUGGUGGCAGAAGAAAAAAUAGUAAUUUCAAAAAAAGAGUCACUAUUUUCGUGGGAUGAAACAGAAUGUAAGAUACCAGCUAGAUUAGAAUUACAAGUAUGGGAUGCAGACCAUUUUUCCGCUGACGAUUUUCUAGGAGCAAUAACUUUAGAUUUAAACCGAUUUCCUCGAGGUGCUAAAUCAUCUAAAUUAUGCACUUUAAACAUGCUUAAGACCGAUGGAUCUGUACCCAUGGUAAAUAUAUUUAAACAAAAACGUGUUAAAGGAUGGUGGCCUUUUUAUGUGAAAAAAGAAAAUGAAGAUAUUGAAUUAACGGGAAAAGUGGAAGCUGAAAUACAUUUAUUAACAAAAGAAGAUGCUGAAAAAAAUCCAGCAGGUUUUGGAAGAAAUGAACCGGAUCCACUUGAUAAACCAAAUCGACCGGAUGCAUCUUUUAUGUGGUUCUUAAAUCCAUUAAAAUCAAUACGAUACAUAAUUUGGCACAAUUACAAAUGGAAAAUAUUAAAAAUAUUUAUAGUAUUAAUAAUAAUAACCAUCGUAUUAUUAUUCUUUUACUCCGUACCUGGGUACACAGUGAAAAAGUUAAUUGGCGCAUAAUUAACUAGUACGCAUAUUCU